GAGCUUGCACGUACCAGCUUUGAUGGCUGUUUACUACUAGAACAUAAAGAAAAUUAUAUAAAAUUUGGUGAACCAGAUAGAACAUAUUCCACACAGCCCUGCACGUCCAAUAGUGAAAAAGGGACAUUCUUUGCAGUCGAUGGUGGAUAUAUUGUACAAUUUGACGAAUUCACAGUUGGAUUGGAUUUAAAGAUCCAAAUUGAAAUCAAACCACGUGUAACGUCGGGAACAUUGUUAUCUGUACAGAGUGAUAGAGGGGAUUUCUUGUCUAUGGAAAUGUUGGAUGGUAACUUGGUGUUUAGCGCAGAUAAUGGAGAAGGGAUCUUCAGUACAACCUAUGAACCCAAUACAAACCAAGGAAGAAAAUAUCUAUGUGACGGUGAAUGGCACAGUAUAGUUGCAUUAAAAGCCAAGAAUGUUGUGACACUAAAUGUGGAUGGCAAGGAAAUCAUGCCUGUGGGUAUUGGAAGAGGGACAACUAUCAAUACAGACACCAAAAAUGAGCUGUAUAUAGGUGGUCUUCCAGAUGGAGUAACACAUAAAGGCAUUACAACAACAGAACAGUUUGUAGGCUGCAUUAAAAACUUAGUGAUUGGUAGUAACAUAGUGAACUUCAAUGAGGCUUUCCGUGUUGCUGGAGCAGUACAAGUCAAUAGUUGUCCUACGACAUAAAAAAACACACUCGCAUGCAUUUAGCAUUGCUUGUCUGCUCAUUUACCCUAAUCUUUAGAUUCGGAGUGGUUGCCAUGCAAUUUUAUCACUGAUAAUCAACUGUUUUUGCUAAUAGAAAUGUUUGAUUUGAUGAAUGUGGUCAGAAUUUUCUAAUUGGUCUGUAGAAACAUCAUGCACGCCAGAUAUUAUGACAUUCAAAAAUAAACAUUGCACAUGAUCAUAAUUAUAUUACUUUAUUAUCAAAAAAAAAAAAAAAAAACUAUGACCAAGCAAACAGUUUUACAAGGUCAUAUGAUGGGGCAUCAUCACCAUAAGUGUCUUUCAUUUCAACAAAAGUCUCCUUUGGUGUAUGUCCCUGCGUGACACUCAACUGCUUCAAUUUCACACCUAACUCAGUUCAAACACCUGUAAAUCAGAAAUUAGAAAUCACAAUUAGUUCAGAGCUGUUUUUUGCAACAUAACCCAUAGAAAUGUCAAUCAUUACACAUGCAACAUUUCAUCUAGAUCAGACAACUGGAAGUCGGUCAGGGACAUUAUCUAUUGAACACCCCUCGUAAACUUGUCUCUUUCAAUAGAUGAACAUUGAUUGAUCUUCCUAUGUAUUGUUCUGACAGUGUCCCUUAAAAAACAAACUAUAUAAAU